AUGAAUUCUAAGACACUAAAUAACACAAAUUUGUUAAAGGAAAAAACAGAGAUGGAGGUUUAUAAGUGGGAUAAACUUUAAUAAAAACGCAUAAAGAUUAAAAUAGAAAUCAUAGUUAACUCUGAAAACCUAAUCUUAUACUCAUAUAAAGGUUCUAUUUUGAAAAAGUAUCAAACCAACCCUGAUAUUUUUUAUAAUAUUGAGCAGAUCACAAACUUAGAUUGGUAAGGAGAAUGUGGAGAGAAGAAUUUGAAAUCUGGCAAGUGGAGAGCAAUUUGGAAAGGAAAAUAACUGGAAGAACAUAGUGGAUACUAUGAAAAUGGAAUGAAGAAAGGAAUCUGGAACGAAUUAUUUAAAAAUUAUUUUUGGUUAUUCAUCAAUUUUAAUUUAGUCACUCUUAAGUAUAUGAAUAGGGGGAGUAUCUAGAUAAUAAAAAGGUAGGAAAAUGGAAAUUUUUAUAUCUGAAUGAUGAGAUGUAUAAUAUUGAUUUCGAUGUAGUGGCGGUGGAUCAUAUGAUGAAGGAGGUAAUGGAAUAAAGGUUGGCAAAUGGAUUGAUUUGGAUGAGGAAUUUUACAAAGAUAAAUAAUUAGUCUAUCAUGGAGAAUAUAAAAAUGGUAACAAAGUUGGAUUAUGGAGUAUUUGGUUCAAUAAUGGAAAUAUUUAUAAAUAAAUGUAAAGCAUAUGAUAUAAAGUGUUUAAUUAUGUUAAAUAUGCUAGUGGUGGAGGAUCAUAUGAUGGAGGAGGUAAUGGAAUAAAGGUUGGAAAAUGGAUGGAUUUGGAUGAGGAGUUUUAUAAUGGUAAAUAAGUAAUUUGUGGAGGAGAAUAUAAAAUUGGUAAAAAAGUAGGU